AUGACCAAAUUUGUCAUUGACAUCCUUUCGGAUGAUCCAGUAAGGCAUCACGAGACUUUUAUAUUGAAGCCGGGGGCGACGGUGAAAUUUACCUCGGUAUUCAAAUUGGAUCACGAAAACGUUCCCGAUAUCCCGCCACAGUAUUUCGAUAUAUCUCCUCAUUUAAAACCAUUCGGCGAUCGGUGGUGGGGUUUCAAGACUGAAUCCUCGUCUUUUAUUUUCAGGCGACACCUUGAGACAAUACUCUCGCACGCUAUGCCACUGCCUUGGGUCGAUGGUGGAACACAUCAGCCCUAUGUUCUGCACAAUCAUGAUCUGAUCAAUAUGCAUCCGACAUGGCGUAGUUUUAUAAACCAAGCUUUUUACCUCCUAGAAAUUGAUAAGGUACUUCAACAGCAGAAUACUGCGGAUGACGAAACGAAGAGCGAUUACCAGAAGAGGAUUCGGAACGUAAUUUUUGGAUGCUUUACUUUCCUGCUUGGAGACGCCGAACGAAACGGCGCUGAGAAUGUUUCCCCAUAUCAGCCGGCAGAUCUUGCACUGCCCGUGAAGCCGGAUGAGGCUAGGGAAGUCGUGGGGGGGGAGGGGAUUGAGGAAGAGAGAGAUGGCCUAGCCGGAACCGCAGAGAGCUCCUCCAAGGAUAAGGUUGUGGACACUGCGCGACCAGUCGGGGCUCCUGCAGGAGAGGUAGAUUCAACGGACCCUCAGAGGGACUCAUCGUUUCUUUUAGAGACCCCAGGAUCCACCUCCAGCCUUAAUGAAACAAGCGCACUGCAUCCCGGAAAAACAAAAGAUUUUAUCGACUCUCCGCCUAUGAGACCUAUUGAGCCAGAGCUAUUUAAGUACGAAGCUAGCUUCGAGGAUUGUUACCGAUUACUUAUUUUGUUGGAUAAGUGCUUAACUACCUAUCCAGAUGAAACGGGUCUUAUCACUCGAAUGGUGGAAUGUUUUCUAAAGCUAGUCUGGCAGCCAAUCGAAAUGAGCAAGCAUCAAGGAUCCCAGCUAUGGCCGGAUCGGUUAGAAAGGCUGGGGGGGUCAUCACCGCCGUACGCCCGAUUCCGGAUGGCGCCGGAUAAUAGAAAUUGUGGCUACGGUGGACAAGGUAUCUACGUCUAUGAUAUCAUGAUACAAGUAGCUAUCUGGCGGGCCGUCAGGGCUACGAAUAGGCUACUUGACUUGUUUUCCGGGGAACGAGACUGGAGUGAAUGGAUGGUUCACCAAAGUUUAGACGACAAAGCAAUUAGAAAUCGGACGAUAGAGGCUUUCCUCCAACCUGGCACUGACACGGGUCAAAGGUCUUUCCCUGACCGCUUUAUCUCAAAAAUUAGAGGCCAUGUUAGAGAACCCUUUCGGGAGAAACGGGCUUGUACUAUUGCCAUUCCAUCACUUGUCGACUAUUUCUUCUUCGACGACAACAAUAAGCCGAUGUCUGCCUGGACAGAGACACUCAAAUACUGCAAUACACUCAGCGACUCUUCCAAGGCACAAACUCCAGACACCUGGGGAUCCUUUAUGUGCUACCAGCUUGCGACUGACACAGAUCGUCAGGAGUUGGGGGAGCGCCUGGAGGCAAGAGCUUAUUCAGUUGGGAUUUUUGCUAGCGACAUAGUUACCCCAAGUUCCCACGGUCUUUGCGCUCCAUAUUGGGACAUAGUUACGCACUUUCUCAGCUCUCAUUAUGCUCAUCCUAGAAUUCCAAAGACAGAUACACCUACCGGUACUAACGGGGCACAUGGACCCAUGCUCCCACAGGAGGGCCUAACAAACACUGGUACAAACCCGGGAACAAGCAUCAUGGUGGGUGUUCGUCUGGACGAAAAAAAGUCAGGAAGGAAGGGGGAGUCCUUGUAUAUGACCACUGAGGACCUCCGUCAAGUGAAUGAUCCACCUUCUUAUGGAGAACGGUACUGGUUUAGAGAUCCUCUCUUUAUGAAGUACGAGCCGAAGUUCGAAAUUAAUAGGAACUCCAUAGUGAAUUUUUUGGAACCGGGAUAUAGUUUUGUGCGGGGAGAUAUUGAGGGUAAUUGGUGUUGCUUUUGGAAAACUGACGAGGGGCGAAACAGGUUUUUGGAGAGUAUAGCAGAUAUGUCGAAUUAUAACUGGGGGGAUAACAAAAACAUCUUAAUUCAACCUUACAGAAUGAUCGAGUUGGAUGUUUCUCGCGGGGGUGACGCGUUAUUGAGGAUGCAGAAACAAAGGGAUCUCAAAAGAGAUAAAAAAAGGAUCAUUGUAAUGGAGGACUGCGCAAUCGAGCAUUUAAUCUUGCUGAUGGCCAACCUGGAUUACCAAGAAGCCGGUCAUAUAAAUCAAGUUCUCUUACGACUGACCCUCAUGGAUUCUCACGAAAUGAGAUUUGAAGAGCAGACCAUUAUGCCAGACAAUCUCUGGAUUACAGAAUUCAACAUCAAUUUUAUCACAACCCCAUCUCGGCAAGGCGUGGAGUCGUCUCCCCUACCAAACUAUUUUCAGAGGAGACAGUCUGAGUUCCUAACGAUGAACGACGCCGCGCCAAACUGCAUCAUGGUCGAGGCUUCCAUGGGGUUCCGAUUUAUUGGCGACCUUCAUGACCAGUUCUGGACAUGCUAUGUGUUUUACAACUUUGGAAGACAGGAACUCACUACAGAUACCCGGGCUCGAGUGGAACACAUCGACUCUUGUAAGACUCUGAGACAACGAAAGUGCCUAGAGGGGUUUCUUGUGUGCCAGGCUCUCGAUCUAGUACUCUCGCAGACCAAAAAUGUCCUCAAUACUAUUACUAAGUCUAUGGGGGAAGGCAAUAAAUCGCAAAAUAUUUUCAUCCCGUUACUGAUGGAAGAUGACCUCAGAGGGGAGAACUAUUUCAAAACCAUGAACAAGAAUAGCGUAUUCUAUCCCUGGCUGCUCGACGUUUAUGGUGCUUUGCAGGAUAAGUGUCGGGAGACCAGUACCGUUGCUAUGCGGUGGAUAUCAGCAGAAGAAAGACGAAAGUAUAAACCUCGGUGGUCCGAAAAGGACCAAAUGAAGUUUGGGGAAGAGAUUGUUCAGAACCGAGCGGACGUUACGGCGCGUUGUGCUAAGCUGGAGAAAAUGUCGAAGAACUUAGAGGAGCGGAUUAACCGGAUUAAGAAUCUUAAGGAAUCACUAUCGAGUGAGCUAGCGCUCCGAGAAGCGAGGACCUCCACACAACUCGCGCGCACGAUUAAUCUUUUUGCUGUUGUUACAGCUAUUUAUUUACCCUUAACGUUCUCCACCAGUAUCGUGGCCAUACAAGAACUCCAUUGGAAAUAUCCCGCAAAAGCCCUCGUCAGAAUCAUGCUCGCCGUAGCCUCCGGUACAUUAAUCCUCCUGAUGAAUCUUUCCUCCCUCCGCCGCAACCUUGCAGCCCUGAAAAGGUGGGCCCAACGCUCAAUCCGCAAUAGAAUGAAAGGGGUCCCCAACCGCAAAAAGACUAGCAAGAAACCCAUCUGCCGAGAUAAGCGGCCAGCCUGGAACUAUUGGAAAAAGAGGGCCCGCAGCCUAGACGAAGCGGAAAAACGCAGCGCGUUGCUCACCGACAAUGAUAUUCACGGCAACGAGAGCGACUGGUGGUACUGGUACUUCACGGCGAUAUACAUCACCAUCGUGGUUCCCGUGCAAGAGCUGACCUUCAUAAUCCGCACGCUCCGAGGGCAGAAGAUUGAGAAUGCUGGCCCCUUGAAGAAGCUUGUGAGGCUUCCCGGGUUUCCCAUAUGGGCUCUGCAGCUGGCGCUUGUGUACGUGAUAAUUCUCGCCGGGUAUGCCUUCCUCUCCUUAGUGAGAUUUGUGCAUCACACGGCGGUCUGGCUGUGGACUGGGAAUGACACCGUCGAGAGUAAGAAGGCAGCGCCGGAGGAGGUUGAGCAGAGUUCAAUGUCAGAGCCGGAGGAUGAUGCAGAGGGUUUGGAGUCAGAGCCGGAUAGCACGCAAAAAGAUAGCACGCAAAAAGAUACAGGGCUGGUUGACUGGUUGAUGAAACCAGCAAAGAUUAUGAUGCUCCUCAUGGUUAAAGAGGCUCUCCAGCCCAAGGAGGAGGAAAGGGAACCCGAUCUGGAGAACCAGGGAACCCCUAUGGAACACUAGAGACCCACUCGUUUAGGAAACGGGUGGUUAGAAGUCUAGACGUGGGAGGGGUUUAGUGUUAUUUAUUUGUUACUAUGGAACAAGGGCCCCCGGUCACGUUUGCCUCUGACAAGGGGGAGGGAUCGAUUUAUUGGGCUUAUUUCUAUGGGCUGGUCGGGAGUGCUAGACGACAUGUGAUUUUCAAGUGCUUACCAUGGGCCCACGCAACAGAGCAAGAAGCAUGAGAAUGACUAAUGAUUUCUUCUUUCCUAUCAUAAUAUUAUGAUAUUAUUAUAUAAGGCAAUAUCACUAAAUCCUAAGGCUG